AGUUCACUAUUGUUCUGAUGAUGUCACAAUCGUCACGGAUAUGGAGGGUUAAUAUUUCUAUUUCUUCUCGAUUGAUGCUGACAGGUUUAAAUGAUCUGAAAAGGUAUAACUGAGAUAAUUAACAUGACAGAUAUGUGUAUAUUUAGCACAUAUAGUAUUAUACUAGGACUUCUUCCUGCAGACGCCAUAUGAAUGAAUAGAGAAUUUCCUUUUCCGUUUGAGCAUGCAUUGACAGCUGUGAAACUCUCUAUAAGGCGAUGUUUGAAGAAUUUCGUUUUUGUUUCUGGUGUUAAAGUUCCGACUUUUUCCUCAAGAGAGUGGAUUAAACAGUUCUUUCAGUUGAUGAAGUGGAAAUGUUACAUUGUGUACAGGGAUUUAAUAUGUUAUACAAAAGAUGAAUAAAUGGGUAAAAAGGACAAUGUGUAGAAUUUCUAAAGCCUCACCAUCCAUGAAUGAGUAUGAUGAGGUUCUGAGAGCUGAGGAGGAGAGAAGGGAGAUUGUCAGCAAAUAUGACAAGGGGCGAGAAGAGGGAGCCCAGAUUGACCCUUGGGAGGAUCCAGCCUUUGAGGUGUACCACGUCCUGGACCGAUGGGGAUUUAUUCAUGACCACCGACUUCCUGAAGGAAGAGAUGCAGCAGAAAAAAAGGCUAUUGAGAUAGAGAGAGAGAGAGAGAAGAAAUGGAUGAAGAUGAUUAAUAAAUGGGAACAGUACUACCCAGGGGAAAAGAUUGUGAGAAGGAUAUAUAAGGGAAUUCCUGCAAGUUUAAGAGGACUGGUUUGGGCCAGGAUUCUGUCUAUCCAUAAAACCCGAGAGGAACAGAAUGGUGUAUACAUGGCAAUGAGAAACCGAGCUAGGAAAAAGUCUCCACACAUACGUCAGAUUGAUAUAGAUGUCAACAGAACAUAUAGAAAUCAUAUUAUGUUCCGUGAAAGAUACGGCGUCAAACAAAAAGCCCUGUUCCAUGUCUUAGCAGCCUAUUCGACGUAUAACACGGAGGUCGGGUACUGUCAAGGAAUGAGUGAAAUCGCAGCACUUCUCCUAAUGUAUCUUAAUGAAGAGGAAGCAUUCUGGGGCCUGUCUCAGCUGUUCUGUAGUAAACAACAUGGCAUGCAUGGUAAGAUACAGAGCCGACUGAUGCAUGGUCUUUUUAUACCAGGGUUUCCUAAACUUCUUCGCUAUCAGGAACACCAUGAUGUGGUACUAAAGAAAUUCUUGCCCAAAGUCCGCAAGUAUUUUGAGAGAAAUGAUAUCUACCCAUCUUUGUACACAAUUAAGUGGUUUUUGCAGUGUUUUCUGGGCAGAAUACCUUUUACUCUGACACUGAGGCUCUGGGACAUCUUUAUUUUGGAGGGAGAGAAGAUUCUCACAGCCAUGGCCUACAACAUCAUCAAAUUACACAGGAGGAAAUUGAUGAGAAUGGGUCCUGAUGAAAUCCUGCAGUUCUUUCAGACAGAACUAGAGAAGAACUUUGGUUAUGAUGAUGAUACUAUUAUAGACCAGCUACAGAUAACUGUUGAGGAACUACGCAAAGCCAAAAUGGACUUUCCUCCACGUCCUAAAGUGAAUGAGGAACCAACACUGCCAUUUGGUCUAGAGAUAGAACCUAGCAUUGAACAAAUUCUUAAGGGUCGUAACCCAGAGACAAUUGAUGAACACUUUAAAAGGAAUCCUCACAAAGGCAAAGCUGGCUAUCUGAAAAGGCGGGGACUGAACAAUGCAGCCACUCCCGAGAUGCCAAGGAGCCGGACAGACUCCAGUCGGUUGUCAGAAUACUCCAUGGAUGACACCUCUACAUACUAUGAUACUGCUGCCAAUUCGAGAAUUUCGUUUUCGAAAGCUUCAAUGCAGAGUUCUCGGACAUCGUAUGCUGAUGAUUCUGACAUGGAGGGUUUACGACAAAUGUCCAUGAUGGAUGAUCUGGAUGAGCAGUUGGUUGGGAUGGAGAAUGGACAUCCGUCCCGUGACACAACCAUAGAAAACAUUGCUGAAGAGCUGAGAUCACCCUCAGUUCACUCGGACUAUGAUAAUAUGGGUGACAAUAAAAGUCCUAACACAUCUUCAAAAGCCAGCUUCCAUGAUGCAGUGGAAACAACGCUAACAGAAGUACCCGUUCAUCAUGAAGUGUCCAUUCACAUACCAGCCAGUAAAUCAGAUGGAUUCAUUAAAUCAAGAAGUAACAUGAGUUACAACCAGAACUCAUCUAAUGCAAAUCAUGACGUGACAAUGGAGGACGACUCCUACAGACAAGGAGCUAAAAGUGCCAAUGACAUCAACAGCAGCCCCUCAAAAUAUGUGUCAAAACUCAAAGUACAAACAGAUCAUAAUGGGCAUCCUAACGGGUAUACAGAUGAAGAUACAUCCCGGCGUAAUGUGCACAAUUCCUCAAAACUCGUGGUGUCAUCUGCCAAUUUUAACCAACGGUUAGUUAGCAAGCAUCAGAUUCAGAUUAAAACUAGUCAGCUGUAGACUCAGGUUUUAUAGUUCAUGUUUUUCUGACGGUUUGUCAGACUUUAACUUCGGAAAAUUUUUGUCUUCAUUUAUUUUUUUCACCUGAAUAUUAAUUGAAUGAUUUGAUAAUUUUUUUUGGAUUAUUACUACCUGAAACAGGUUAUUUGAAUGUCUUUUGGAAGUUUAUGAUAAUUCUUGAUGAUUUGUAACUUGAAAUUAUCUUGAGAAAAAAUUCAACAAAACGUUUUUACUAUGAUUGUGUACACUGUCCAGGAUUUUGUGGUAGGUGAUGUCCUUACAUAUGCUGUCUACAAAUGCAUGUUAUUUGUCUUUCCUAUAGAUUGUGUGGUAUUAAAUGUACCAUUUUUUUAUUAUUAGUUUGUCUAUUGUGUCCUAUUACAUUGGAGACAUGAUUUGUUUAAAGCAUAUGGAUGAUGUAUAUUAAUUCAUUCAAAAUAAGAACAGAAUAAACUUGACCUCCUUGAUAUGGAAUUAGUGUCGUAUAUGGAUACUGUUUGAUUCUAGUAAAGGGGAAAGAAAUUGGAUACUUAGCUCUAUUGAGGUGAAAGAGGAAAAAUAAAACACAAAAACUUGAAAUAAGGUUCAAAGUUCAAGUUAAUUGGAAAUGGAUAAACAAUAUGUGGAUAUCCAUUUUCAAUUUUAUUUUAUUUAAAACUUGAAAAAUUCAGUGUUGGGGGAUAUGUAAAAACAAAGUAUUAAAUUUCUCUGAGAAGAAAAUUUGUAAAUAUCUUUGUAUAUUUUACAUGUUGUCAUUCUUUUUUCAAAUUUGUGAUAAAGACACGAGAAUGGAAUACUUAGAUUUCAAAAUAGGAUGAAAGGGCCUAGAUGUAAAGUUCAGGAAAAUAUAUGUGAAGUGUUGAGACAAUGAAUGUCUGUUCAUUUUUAUUGUAGUAGAAUACUCAGAAUUGUUCACAGCUGUUCAUGACAACUAUUAAAAGUUAACACUUGUCAGUUGUUGAGAGAGAAUGUUGAUUAGUGAAGAGAAACAUUUGAUGUGUAAUUUGGAAUGCUGUAAAUUUAAUUAGUUGGAGCAAUUUCAAAGUCUUUAAUUUUCAUUUUUAAAAAGAAAAAGAAAUAUGUUCAUGAUUGAGGAGAGAUAUAAGGGUUGAUAUUUUUAUUAUUAUUUUUUUCUUCAUGAAACUUGCACCACCUGAGAAAUUCAGUGAUACUGAAAAGGAUUUUUAAAUUUCAUCAGACAACUACAUUUAAGGAUUAUAACUUUUGAAGUUGUUAGUUUUAGUUUAGCAAUCAAAGUUAAUUUUACCUGCUACAGAUUGGUGCUUCACAUGAUGUUAGCCAGAAUCUUUUGGGGGUGGGGGUGAGUGUUAAACCAUCAAGAAAUGGAUACAUUAGGUGUUAUGAUUGUUCUUUAUACUCAUUUAAGUGCUUCAAACCACAAUGCAUCAGCCAAUCAAUAUGGACUAUAAAUGGUCUUCGUAUGUAUUAGAACAUAGCUUUACGAAAUCCUUAGUGCUGGUAUUGUAGGGGGACACGUGUUUGGAGACUUUGUACAAUCAGCAAAAUGUAAUGAAGCUAAAUAAGGGCACACUGUAGAUUACAAUGAAAUACGUGUGUAUCAAUCAUGUGGUGUCAGUGGCAAGUUGUGUGUUUUAUUUUGUUUUAAACAUACUUGCCAAGGGAAACUCAUCAUCAGAAAUCCACAGUCCAUUUCACAACUCUCACCUGGAGAAGUGAGACUGAAUGUGGGAUUCUAAAGGCGAUAGAAACCCAGUGAAUUCAUGACUUUUUAUUAGCGGGCGUUUUAUGUAAUGUUUACCUUCACAUCAUGUGGAAGUCCUAAUCAUGACAUAUCUUUACAAUAUAUAGGAAAUGAUGGUUUAAAGACUGUACAUGUUAAUUAAGGUCAUGCAUGUGUAUUCUUUAAUGAAUGUGAAAAUUUUCUAUUUUUAAAUAUGUAUGUGAUUUUCAAAUGUUUAUCCCAUAUUAAAAUAUACUUAGAUAGAGGAUAUUUGAUAUUAUAAAAAGUACUUGUCUUCUAUAUUCUGUGUUCAUAUCAACACAUUUCUACAAAAAGUGGAAAUGUAUUACCAAACUGUUUGAAAAUGUUCAAUGUGAAUUUUAUAAAGUUGGUUCAAAGUAUAGAAGAGGGGUUGUGAGGAGGAACAGAAGUGGCUACUGCAUCCAUUUGUGUAUUUUGAAAAUCACACUCUUCAUGUAAUAUGUUAAUGCAUUUUGAUAAUUAAUUUGUCAACUUGAAGGCUUGCAUUUCAGGCUUUCAGAAUUUUUGUAGUAGAAUCUCUGUAUUGUGAAGACCGUUAGAUACUCCAUUUUAAAGCACUGGUCAUUAUCCUACCUCAAAGAGGAAUUCGAAGCAGAUGUUUUGUACUUUUCCAAUAUAUAAAUUGUGUCCUUUUAUAAAGUAUAUGUAUACUUGAGGUAAAGACCUAACAAGGAAAUUGGUUUGUUCACUUAUUUUAGUAUGAAAGAUGCUGAAUUCAUAUAGCAAACAUCAACAGUUGUGACUGCAGUUCAACCUUUCAUCCAUUGUGUUUAGUUCACAUUGUUACAAGGACUAAAGCAUUUAGUUCACAUUGUUACAAGGACUAAAGCUUGAAACAAGACAGGAUUUAUAUAGUACAUAUAUUGUAACAGGGAAAAGUAUCUUUUAUAAAAAGAAUCUCUCAGUGUUCAUGUUUUUAAUUUCGUUGUUCAGAGUGCAUGCUUAGUGAAAGUAAUGAGGAAUUUAUAGGACAAAACAACAUCCAUCUGUAUAUAGAUUGAAACACUGUACAUCAAGAUAGCUGGACAUAGACGCAGGUAGACCCCCCUCAUGUUGUAUAUUAGAUUUAUGUGAUACCAACUACUGAGUAGAAACGAACUGUCUUAAUUAAGGUGCUUCCUGAGUUUUAAGUUAUGCAACUUUGUUUUGUAGUCUAGAAUUGUUAUGUUUGCUUCAUUAAUAAAUACAUUAAAACCCCUACCGUAA